CCCGGAUCCCAACCCCUCUCCGGUGUCCGGGCCCUGAUUCAGAGGUUAGGAAUUUGCAUCUGAUUGCUAUUUUGUCAUCCUAUGAUUUGUCUCCCCUGAGCUGAGCACGCCUUAGGCACCCAGCGACCCAGAGGAGGAGGAGGUGGUGGCAAAAAGGAGCCAGCCAGCCGCAGCCGCCAUGGCCUCCUCGCUUGUAAAAGGAAACUUGCAGAUGGGAGCGCGAUAAAAGAAGCUGGCUGCGCUGAAAUAAAACAAGGGAGGCGCAGCUUGCGCGGGCGCGCAGGGCAAGGGCAAACGGCGACGGAUCAAUAAGGACCGGUCUCUUGGAAAGGUGGUUUUCCCCCCUCCCUUUUCUUGGAUCACUUGCUUGGGCGGAGGGCGUGCGUAAUUUUAUUAUUUUAGCCUUUGGAAGGAAAAGAGAAAGGGAGAAAAAUGAAGCUGCUCCAGCCGCCGCCUUUGCAGGGCAGCGCUUUCCCUGACGCCUAGAUGACGCAGAAGAGGCCCCGGCCUCGAAGCACGCCUCUCGAACCCAACACCCCCUUCGGGAAAGCCCCCGGGAGCACCGCAGGACUGCCCCGCCGGCGUGGUUCGGGGCGGCUGGGAAGCGGAGGGACCCCGCGGCGAGGGAUGGCGGCUGGCCUCUGAAGCCCGUGCCCUGCGAGGAACCGUUUGGCACCCGAACCCCUUUCCCACAGCCGCGAGGACUGCUGGGGCAGAAGGGCCCCUCGACGGCGUCCCCCACGGCGUUGCCUCCGCCCGGACGCUGCCCUCCGGUGCCCCCGUUGCAGGGCGAGGACUCCUCGGUGGCGGCCCCUGCCAGGCCUGCCGCCGGCCGGGCCAUGAAGCUUCAGGCGGUGAUGGAGAACCUGCAGAGGCAGCAGAGAGCCCGCCUGCAGCAGGAAAUGGAGUCACGCCAGCCUCCGCCGGCCGAUCCGCCGAGCGCGCUUCCGGCUCCUGCCGCGGCAGCGAUGGCCUUCUCCCGCAGCCGUAGCCAGGAGCCCGCCGCUGAGGAGGCAGGGGAACCGGAGAGCGCCCGGAUCCAGCGGGCGCAGAUGGCGGCGCUGGCGGCCAUGCGGGAGGCGGCUGCCGGCCUGAGCCAGUCGUCGAGCCCCGGCCCGUCGGAGGCUAGCCGUGGCUCAGCGGAGGAGGAGGAAGAGGAGGAGGAGGACGAGGAAGACGACGGAGGGGUGUUCCCGCGGGAAACGGUCUCCGAAGACGAGGAGAUGAAAGCCAAAUGGGCCGACGAGGAAUUCGACGAAGACCUUGGCGAGGAGGAAGAGGACGAUUACGACGAAGACGAGGAGAUGGCGGAGGAGGAAGGGGUCCCCAUGUCCGGGGAGGCUGCCCGCUCGAGCCCGGGCCCCCCGCUUCUCCGCAAGCAGCAGCCCACCCUUCCCUACAGAGGCGAGACGUCCAGGCUGGCCGGGGGUCCCGAGAGACUUUCGGCCUCGCUGCCCCACCUGUCGCAGGUGCAGACCCAGCCCCUGGACCACGGCGACUGGACCUACGAGGAACAGUUCAAGCAGCUGUACGAACUGGACGGAGACCCGAAAAGGAAGGAAUUCCUGGACGACCUCUUCAGCUUCAUGCAGAAGCGAGGGACGCCGGUCAACCGCAUACCCAUCAUGGCCAAGCAGGUCCUCGAUCUGUACAUGCUCUAUGUCCUGGUGACCGAGAAGGGCGGCUUGGUGGAGGUGAUCAACAAGAAGCUCUGGCGGGAGAUCACAAAGGGGCUGAACCUGCCCACGUCCAUCACCAGUGCGGCCUUCACCUUGCGCACUCAGUACAUGAAGUAUUUGUACCCCUACGAGUGUGAGAAGAGAGGUCUGAGCAACCCCAAUGAACUGCAAGCCGCCAUCGACAGCAACCGCCGCGAAGGUCGCCGGCAAGGGUUCAGCGGAUCCAUCUUCACGUACUCGCCCAGCGGCACCCAUGGCAUGCUGUCCUCACCCAAGCUCCAAGUGCCAACGCUGGGGUUGCCCUCGACCACUAAUGGCAGCUCCUUGGCCUCCGUCCCGAAGAUCAAAAAAGAGGAGGAGACGGCCAUCCCCAUCGGUGUGCCCGGCCGCCUGCCCGUCUCGCUGGCGGGCCACCCGGCCAUCACGGCCCAAGCCGUCCAAGCUGCGGCGGCCCAGGCGGCGGCGGUGGCUCAAGCAGCAGCGCUGGAGCACCUGCGGGAGAAGCUGGAGUCCGGGGAGCCCCCGGAGAAGAAGAUUGCUCUCGUGACGGAUGAGCAGCAGCGGUUGAUGCAGAGAGCGCUGCAACAGAACCUCCUGGCCAUGACCGCUCAACUGCCCAUGAGUAUCCGCAUCAACAGCCAAGGGACUCGCUCGCCAGAAAACCGCCAAGACUCCGCCAUGAAUUUGGCCACCAACGGAACGAACAGCAUCAACAUGUCGGUUGAACUCAACGGCAUUGUUUAUACAGGUGUGCUGUUUGCCCAAACUCCGGGGCCGUCGUCCUCUCUCAGCAAAGGAAACUCCAACAGCGGCCGCGGCGGCUCGCAGGGCGGGCAGGCCGCCAACGCCCCGCAGACUGCUUUCCCCGCUGCGCCGACGUCUACCUCAACCAAUUCCUCGUCGCCUUAAGGAAACCCUCCCCGCUUCUCCUCUUCGUCCUGCCAAAGCCGAAAGCCCCCGGCGACGCACGGUCGACGAGAAAACAUCCCCGGUUUGGACCCUUAUCCGCCUGUCUGGACGGGUAUUUCCUGGGGGCGUUUUUCCGGAGAGAGGGGAGAGAUGGACCCGCUGGAUCUUAACGCACGCGCCUUGUUUGUUCCCGGGCGGCAAGGGGGGUCUGGAAGGCGCCAUCUUCUGUCCCCCAAAUCCCCCCCCCAAAAAUAAAGGAACCUCUUUGCCAUUGCUGCAGGGAGAUGUUUUGCUCCUGCCCCAAUCGGGAACGGAGGGAGGUAUCCCAACCGAUCUCAGCUUGACACCAAAAUAACCAAACCUUUUGGGGGAAACAGGUGGGGGAGCCACUGGGUCCUAAUCUCUCCCUCCUCUUUCUCUCCCCGCUUCCACCAAAUAUUUCCCCCAAUGCCCAGCAUUAAAGAUAUCAAUAGAAGAACCAAAAAAACGAAAACAAAGCUUUUUCAGCCUGGAUUUUGGAGGGCAGGGGGUGGCGCGUCGAGCGCCGACGAUUUCUGAGCCAGAUGGAAAACACUGUGUGGUUUUAGCUCUCUUGUUUUUUUUGACGUAAUGCAUUGUAGACACAGAACUCCUUACCUCAUGCGAAUUCACACUUUUGCACUGUGUGGUAUUUUUAUUUUUAUUUUGUCUGGGGCGGUGGCAGAGAGGCGCCUCUCGUCAGGCGGUCUCAGGGUGCAGGGUGGUCUCAGAACGAAAUCCUUUUUCUAAACCGCACCCCAAACAGCAUUUACAAAAGGGGGCGGGGGGGGGAGGUGGGCGGUGGGAAAGCUUUUAGCUAUUGCGUUUUUGUGUUGUUUCCUUUUUUACAAAAAACCAAACGCUCUCGAAACAUAGUAUAAGGAAAAUUCAGGGGUGUGUGUAAAUAGAAACUUCUUUUGUUUUUGGAAUACUAUUCUCAACAGACAACCAAAAAAGAAAAAGCGAAAGCAGAUCUAUAGAGCAAAUUCUGUAAGUUUUAUUUUGGCGGUUAUCCUCUUAACGCGUGUUGCUUCAGGCGUGUUUUCCGAUGGCGAUACGGCUGCACUUUUCCUCCCGAAAUCUUUUCGCGUAACACUGGCAGGGGCUUUUUUUGCAAGGGGGGGGGUCUCGGGGAAAAUUGUCUUUGACGAACGAGCUCAGGUGGGGUUUUUUUUUCUACAUAUUGGGGUGGGUCGGGGGCGGCGCGCAAGCAAUUGUUUUGGGAUUUCACGGGGUGAUAUUUUUGUACGGAGAUUUCUUUGCGUGGAAAUUGGAGGAUCGGAUGGGGCAGCCUUGCCUGCGUCUUAGCGCCUCGCUCCCCUGACCCUCAAACUUUUCUCCUUUGCGAUGGCAAAAUAACGACACCAAAAAACCCACUCGGUUGUUUUUCCUCGCCUCCAUCCCCCAAAUAAUUUGAAAACCACAGCGUUAACCUCUGCAAAGUCUGCAGGGCUUGUCAUUUCCCCAACGCCCAGGAAAACUGGGGACCUCAGACGUCACCAUUUCCAGAACUGGCUCUUGCCAGUACAAAACCCUUUUUUUAACAUCGCAUCCUCCAUCUGCAUUUGAAGCACGCGGCUUCCCUGCAAAUAAUCCCAGGAAAUGUAGUUUGCAGAGGGUGCUGGGGACCUCAGACGUCCGACUGGCUUUUGCCAGGACGAAACCAUUUUUUAAACUUAGCUUCCAGACAUCGCAUCUUCCGUGUGCAUUUGAAGCGCGGAGCUUCCUUGCAAAUAAUCCCGAAAACCGUAGUUUGCAGAGGGCGGGCAGUUCUUUCAAAUUUCCCGCAACGGUGUGUUGCUGAGGAGUAGUGUGGCGAGCUGGGGGUUUUGGCAGAGUUUUGGGGGCGCAACUGGCGGAGAGGAUAAAAUUUGGGGUUGUGGUUUUUCUCCCCAUGCUCCCACCAAGCUCACUUGUGGUUUCCUUUGAAUAUAGGGCGGGGGGAAGCCCACCAUUUCGGAUGCAGACGAAGAGGGGGUCCAAAUAUUUGCGGCUAGCCGCCAGAGAACCCCCUCGACUUAACAACGACAGUUUGUUGUGUUGGCAUAUCUACCUCAUCGUACCCCUUUCUCCUCCUUUCCAGUUCCCAGUGGGCAGAUUGGAGAGGAUUCUUGAAUCAGAACAUCUUUCCCCACCACCACCAAUGUCUUCUCUUUGCCGGACCCCCUCCCGGGAAAUAUUUCUAGAAAUUCAGUUUUCCUUUAACGGAACGCAGCAAAACGCUCAAAGUAAACAACUACUACUAACGUGGGCUCUCAAAACAUCUAUCCAUCACUCCCUUGUCCUCUCAUGUGCUGGUUUUAAUUUCUUUACUGGGGUUUGGGGGGCUGGGAGAAGAAGACCACUGGGCCCCCCCUCAACAAAACAGAUUAUUGUGCCCCUAAAGGAGACCCCAUUUUGAUCCAGUCCUGUUUUGUUUCAGCUGGCACCAUUAAGCGGUCGGUAGCUUUCGGGAACGAACAGAAGUCUUCUCCCUCCCUCUCUCUCUCCUUAUAUUUUUAAAAAUGAUUUUUAGAAUUUGUCGCUUUCUGGGAUCAAAUAGCGACAACUCUCCCUCCCCCCCUCUCUCUCUCUCCCCCCCUCUCUUUCUUGGGGUUAAUAAAAAGGCUGUAGAACCCAGACAUUUGCUUGGGAAUGUUUUUAAAUUUUCUGUUCAAGGCUCUAGGAAUUUUAACAGCUUUCCGACCGGCGGGUGCAUCUCCUCGCUCCUAUUUUCCCCAAAGCCACAAUAUAUAUCUCUAUAUAUUCCAUUGGGUGCCAACCUAGCGCCCUCCGGACUUUGGGUGCCGUGCACUCUGGGAGUUGUAGCGCAACACACCCGGGCGGCUUCUAGAUUGGCGGCGAACCCUGUAGACACUGAGCGCCCUCGUCCCCUGCGCUGCGAUACCCCUUGAAACCGUUGUGGUUUCUCGGAGCUGUAGUUUUGUGCUGGGCGGUGUGGGGUGAGCGCCCUGUUCCCCCUCGCCAGAGCUACAGUUCCCGGGGCUCCCCGGGGGAAGAGGGGUUGGUUGCUAUGCCAUUCUUAAGAUGUUAUAGAGGGGAAUUUCCUGGGUCUCCUGACAGCUCCCGGCGCCCCUAACGAAAACUAUAGCUCUCUUUGGGGAAAACACGGCGGUUUCCAGGAGCGUGACUCUUCCGGAGCCUAUUUUGAGUCCUGCGUUCAAAGAACUCUCCCCUGCCUUAUAUUUAGACGCUGGCCAAGGAACCGACAAAGGGAUAUCUCUUCUCCACGAACCCCAAAGGAUGCUGCCACCCAGAAAAACAAAAAAAAACAUUUUCUGUCCACAUCGUUCCCGCUUUCGGAACGUGGCCAAAGUUUUGGAGAGCCCAACCGAGAAUAUCUUAAGGUGGUUUUUGUGGUGUGUUUUUUUUAGGCUGCGUUAUUAAAUUAAAAGCACACGAUGUCCCCCUCCCCAACCUUGCGGGAACUGUAGUUUGCCCAAGGCGCUGGGAAUUGUAGCGCUGCGAGCGUUUUUUCAUUUAAUUAUCGAUUCUGCUUUUAAAAAAUAUAAAUAAUUGCGCUUGCCAAUUUCUGGAAUGGGAAUUCCAGCCCGAGGGGCCGUUGAUAGCCUUUAAAUUCGGCGUCCUUUUAUUAUUAUUAUUAAAUCAUAAUAAUAAAGCUCUCUCAGAUCCCGUCGGGAAUAGCUCUUUGCUUCCCCACUCCUCUUUUUUCGAAACGACCGCUCAGCAAACAGAGAACCACAUGUCCGUAAAUCAGAUUUUUUACUCCUCUGGGCAGUUUUUCGGCGCACCUCAAAACCCUUUGGAGCUGGCAAUGUGAUUCCGGCUAUUUCUUGCACCCUGAAUACGUUGGGUCCCCACUUCCAGCGUGGUAGCAGUUAACAUCCCACCCCCACCCCUCUGAACUGGCCCCCAUUUUCACUAUUUCUCUAGGGAAGAGAGAGAGGGGCACCAUUGCCGUUGAGUCUCCCUAUAGUGCUUUUAAGGACUUUGCAAGUGAGCCCAGACUUGGGGCAGUCUGGGCGUGUUGGACCCUUCUUACCUCCUCCUCUGAGUAGACCCAUUGAAGCAAACGGGCCCAAAUUGGCGGCUGAUAUCAGUGGGGAGAAACGGGGCAGCGACACCCCCCAUCACCAAAGCAAGGUUGCAUUUUGGGGCUGCGUUAAGACGGUUCUCAGAAUACAGCCCCCAAGCUACCCAGCCCGGAAAUAUAUAGAAAUACCGCCUGCAAGAUCCCACCGCUGACACCAAUCCUCUUGUAUCGCAAACAGGUCCGUCCCCCCUUUCUAUUUUUUGGAAAGCUUACUAAUCGAACCGUACGGGUACCGCGGAUCACAAAAGUGUCUGCUUUGAAUUGCGGGUUAAACGGCCUCGCACGGACCCAGGGCGUCCGUGGGGCAGGUAUGGAUCUAGGGAGAAGAGAAGGGGCAAACUGUUCCUUCAACAUCUGCCUAGUAUUUUUGUUUUUUAAACUCCGUUUUCAGGUGUGUCGACCCACCUCAAACCAAUCUCUCUGGUGGCUAUGUGGGUCUUCCCCACGCUGACUUUCCUGCCUUCCCCACUCAUGAAAAUAAUUGUAUUUUUAAAAAAUCUACCCAUUGGGCAGUCCUGCCUUCUUUCCUUUCGGGUCCUCGAGCUGCUGCGUUGAAUCCUAGGCUUGAAACCCUCCCUUUCUGCCUGGAGACGCGGAGAUGGGUCAAAAAUCGGUUUACGAACCCGCAAAUCUGGCUCUUUCGAUGGAACCCGGUUAAACCACAGCUGUCUGUCUUCAAACUUGGAAAGUAUAGGAUAUACCUCUUGUUAUUAAGGCAGUAUAUGCGCCAUCCCUUUAAAAAAACACCCCCCAAAUUCCAGGGAAUUCUAGUUUGAGGGUGUUUGGAACUAUAGCACCGUCAGGGGGGUAAACUACAGUUCCCGGGGUUCCUUUAUUUUUCGGGGAGGUGUUUGGGAGGGAUGUUGCGUACGUUGCUUUUAACUACGAUUUGAAGUCGGUUGGGUGAACCGCCGUUUGUCUGGAAAAAAAGCAGAGGGUCUUGGGUUCGAGGUGAAACGCAGAACUUAGGCGUUUUUGCGGUCUGGGUUUGGAAGUAAAGGGCCGUAAGCCGAUACAAUCACCUGAAUUUUAAACGGCUUUGGGCGCCGUGGGGUGUGCACAGGACCAGUCUGAUGAUAAUAAUAAUAAUUUUGUUAUUUAUACCCUACCCAAAUGACUGGCUCUGUCCUCGUGUCGACAGCUCCGCGUCUGCGAAAGGGCCGGAGUCGUCGGGACUCAAACCCAGAACCUCCGCCCGCCUUCCCCUAAAGAAGAGACCCUUCCUCUCCGACGUGCAACCCCCUUUCCUCGUUGGAAGGAGUAGUUGUUGCCGGGUGUGUGUGUGUGUUGUGUGUGUGUUUGUGUGAAUUUCCCCCCACCCUAGACAUAUUUUUAAAAAAAGAGAGAGAGAGAGAGAAAGGGGAGUUUUUAGCGCGGGUGGGCGAGAAAGAAAUUCUAUAUCCAAAUUUAUAUAAAUAUAUAUAAAAGUGUGUAUGUUUGUGGGUUGUCGUUCUUAAAGUGUGCAUGUGUGUGUGUGUCUCUCAAGGAACGUGGCGUAAUUCCUUCAUUCUCAGGCCAGAAAUUUUGCUUUUUAAGGGUUCGAUGGCGACUCAGGGGCAACGUGAAAAAUGCUAUCUGGAUCUUGAUUGUAUUCUGGGGGGGGCUGCGAGGGUCGGGGUGGCGGGUGGGAUACGGGUUUGGGUUGGGUGUACAGGAAACAAACCAAAAUAAAAUUAAGAUUUGCUUGCGGUGACGGUGGCUGGAGGUGUGCUGGGUGCGAAUUCCGACCCAGGGCUUUCUGCGUUCCCAAGAACAGGGUGACGCUUGGGGGGGGGGGAAACCCCUUUAUUUUAUUUUAUUUUAUUUUUUGGAAGACUGGGGCAGGGAAUGUUUCACCGCUCGAUCGCACCCUGCUAUCAAGAAGAACGUUUUCCGGGUUCUCGAUUUCUGCGCAAAUUUUCACAAAAGAGACUCCGUUCGAGGCAAGAUUCGCGGGAGCGAGAUUGCAGAGGUUGGGUUUGCGGACCCCCCCAGAAAAACCUUUUAAAAUAGCUGCAAGAUUUUGGGGUUUUGUUGUUUUUCGAUUACGCCUUUCCCACAAAAGCAAGGAUUUUCCGUGCGGCCCCCCCAAACUCGCAACCCCAUUUUACGUCUAAUUCGCUUGCGAAAAGCGAAAACGGGAAGACUUUAGCUGGUAGUAAAAGGAUUUGUGUUACAUUUGUACAAACACUGUGGUUUUUUUUGCGGGGUGGGUUCUGAUUUUUUUUGGGGGGGUGCAAACUCAGACCCCCUUCUUCCUUUCUCUCUCUCUCUCUGCAUAUCAAGUUUUAAAUAAGACGUAAUUUCAGGGUGUGUUUUUUCGCCCCAUUUCUGGGGUUGUGUUUGUUUUUUUUCUUCAAAGGAAAUAAUCAAAUUUGAACGAGCAGCAAAGAUAUGCAAUCUGUACAGCGUAGGUAGACUUUUGACUCAGGAAAGAAAAUAAAAAUCGAAAAAUAAACCACAUUCUACCUCUGAAAACAGCAGCGGGCUGCCUUUCGUCACGGCGGGGGUAUUCGUUUUUUGGGGGGGGGGUUUACGGCAGCCUCUGCGUUUUGCGCUUUUUAUUUUUCGUUUCGUUUUUUUCGUUUGUUUGUUUCGUGUGUUGUUGUUGAUUAUUUUUUUCCUUAAGAAAUAUCACGUUUUCGCAAAACAUUCAGGUAUUAUUAACCUUUGUGACUUAAGAGAGAAAUAAAAUAAUAAAAAAAACACUGAAAAAGUUUACAUUUUAUAACAUUAUUAUUACAGAUUGUAUUUAAACUUCAGAAAUAUUUAAAACGAUUGUAACCUUGUAAAGUUGGAGAAAUAUUAAAAAAGGAAAAAAGAGGACGAAAGGAGAUUCA